GCAUGUCUAGAAGAAUGGAAGGUACAAAAUUUGUUCAACAUUACUAUGGACAAUGCCACAUCUAAUGAUGCCCUUGUUGAGUGCAUGAGAACAAAGCUGAAAGAGUGGAGAUCAUAUUUGAUGAAUGAGAAGUUCUUACAAUUUCGAUGUGUGGCACACAUAAUAAAUUUGGUUGUUUUUGAUGGGAUGAAGGAAGUUGGACUUGCUGUAGAGAGGGUUCGUGAUUGUGUAAAAUGGGUGAAGUCAUCACGAGCUUGGAUUGAAAAGUUCAAAUAUAAUAUUUCAUUUAUUGAAAUGGAUGGGAGAAGAUUUGUAUCUUUGGAUGUUCCAACUUGGUGGAACUCCACCUAUUUGAUGUUGGAAUCUGCAGAAAGGUUCGAGGUUGUGUUUAACUUCAUGCAUUCAAGUCCAAAUGGUGCUUCUUUUUGAGAUUAUGUGGAUUCAAAGAAGGGUCUACCAAGCAAAGAAGAUUGGUGCAGUAUCAGACGGCUAAUGAAGUACAUGAAGUUCUUUUAUGAUCUAACUCUUCAUGUUUCGGGAACAUCAUAUGUGACUGCACAUACUUUCUUCAAGGGCAUUGUUGACAUUUUGUAAGUGAU